UCAGUAAAAUGGGGUUUCCACUACUACACGCCGAGACCUCCAAUAAAUAAACUAAGAACACUUCAUUCGAGUUAUUCAUUCCGCUUUAGUUGCCGCCAACAUACGAUAUCACGCGCAAACAUCAAUUCGCAUUAUUUAUUUGUUAUGAAGUGUAUACUGAUUCACUAUCUAGUUUUCUUUUAUUGUGCUGCUCGAAUAUAUGACUGCCACAUAACGUUGUCGCCUAACUACCGAUUUGAUACUGAAUAUGAAUGGAGCCAUUUAAAUUAUACAUGGCCGUCUGUAGAAAGGUAUACAGAAGCCUUGAAAAGCGGCGAUUAUAUUCCCGAACAUAAUGCACCAACGGGCAUGAAAAUUUAUAAUGAAAAUUUGUAUUUGUCGAUGCCGAAAUUUCGAAAAGGUGUUCCAGUGACUUUAGCAUACAUACGUAUGAGUACUACUUCCAAGACGAAAAACGAACUGCUUUCUCCUUUCCCUAAUUGGGAAACGAACGACGCGUGCAACUGUACGAAUUUACAGAGCGUCCAGAGUAUGGAAAUAGAUACCAAUGGAAUCAUGUGGGUCCUUGACGGAGUGAGAAUCAACGACAAUACAAAUUGUCCAACGAAACUUGUGCUUUUCGAUCUGAACAACAACGGAUCUUUGUUGCACAGCUUCGUAUUUCCCAACGAGAUAAGUUUACAGAACGGAGGAUUCUUGAACGACAUUGUCAUCGACGAUUCUGACGGCAGUUUCGCUUAUAUAACGGAUAAUUCUAACAUAGAUCCUGGUCUCGUCGUAUAUUCUAAGAAGAAAAAUCGUGCUUGGAAAGUGCGGGAUCGGACGAUGUUUCCAGAGCCAGCUGCAGCGAAUUUCGUUGUAAACAACAAAGCCAUUGAAAAUUUGAUACCUAUAGAUGGAAUUGCUCUAUCACCGAAACCUCUCGAAUCUUCUGAAAAUAGGACGGUAUUUUAUACAUCCAUAACGAGUUUCCAUUUAUUCGCUAUAAGUACAACGGUGUUAAAGGACGAACAACUAUGUAAAACUGACAGAUGGAGAAAAAAUAUCCAAUACGUCGGUGAGAAGCAAAGUCAAACAGACGGUAUGAUGAUGGACAGUAGCGGUACGUUGUACUAUACUUUGCUACCGUUUUAUGGGGUAGGCAGUUGGAAUAUACGGGAUCCCUUUGUAUCGUCUAAAAUUGUGAACACCGAUCGAGACGUUAUGGUGUGGCCAGAUGGAUUCGCAAUGGAUCAAAGAGGAUUUCUUUAUUUGAUUUCUAAUAUGAUUGUCAAUUAUAUUAAUCCAACCAUCGCGUUAAAACUAACUCCUGAUGUUAAAUUUCGGAUUUCUAAAUUGUAUACGGGCACGAAAAGUUAUUUGUACCCAUUAUUUUAUAAGCAUUAAUAAAAAUUA